GCUCGAGGCAAACUUGAUGAUCAAGGCCCGUCGUCAAGGCCACCGACAAAGUCAUUUAUUUGUCCACAAGUUCUACCAUCAGCCAAAGUUUUAUCCACCAAGACUCGUCUUCACUUGCUCUCUUUCUCCCUGUACGGGCUCAUUUCUCCAGCCUUCUGCAAAGGAAACCCAAGUUUACCGACACUUGGGGCAGCUCUCAUUGCCUAGGCUCCAAAGACAUAGCCAUGGCGGGCCAUACACUCUCUAGCCUCCUUCUCGGCAUCAUUGCCAUCUGUCUUUGGGCUGGCCAUAUGCCCGGAGCACAAGCUGUUCCGGUACCUGUCACGAACUCCCUCGACCCGAGGCAAUCAGCCACCGACAAGCUGGUGUUUGCGCAUUUCAUGAUUGGUAUUGUGGGCAACCGCGGAUCCUCGGCCGACUACGAUUAUGAUAUGCAAAAGGCCAAGGCCAUAGGCAUCGAUGCAUUUGCGCUCAACAUUGGAGUUGAUGGCUACACUGACACUCAGCUGGGAUUUGCCUACGAGUCGGCGGCUCGCAACGGCAUGAAAGUUUUCAUCUCGUUUGACUUCAACUGGUGGCACCCGAGCACUCAAGCUACCGACGUAGGGCGCAAGAUUGCUCAGUACGCCUCGCUUCCUGCACAGCUGAAGAUCGACGGAAAGGUCUUUGCCUCGAGCUUCAUUGGGGACGGCCUUGAUGUGGCCCAAAUGAAGGCAGCAGCCGGGGUCGACGUCUUCCGGGCGCCCAACUUCAACCCUUCCCAGACCCCAAACAACGGGGUCGUCGACUCGGCAUUCAAUUGGAUGGCUUGGCCAAACAACGGGGCCAACAAAGCCCCCCAGCCUGGACAUAGCUUCUCCGUGGCUGAUGGGGACAACGCCUACAAAGCAUGGCUGGGUUCCAAGCCAUAUAUGGCCCCAAUCUCCCCCUGGUUCUCUACCCACUUUGGCCCCGAAGUUAGCUACAGCAAGAACUGGGUGUUCCCAGGAGAUCUUCUCUGGUAUAGCCGCUGGAAUGAGAUUCUGACGCUGGGCCCCCGCUACGUCGAGAUCAUAAGCUGGAAUGACUAUGGGGAGUCUCACUACAUUGGCCCCCUCGACUCGAAGCACACCGAUGAUGGAAACUCCAAAUGGGUCAAUGACAUGCCGCACGAAGGAUGGAUGGAACUGGCAAAGCCGUUCAUUGCGGCGUACAAGGCAGGUGCCAGCAAGCCUGAUGCCUACAUCAGCCAAGAUCAAAUCAUUUACUGGUAUCGACCGACCCUCAAGUCUUUGAAUUGCGAUGCGACCGAUACUACCAUGCAGGAUGCCAACAACAGCAGCGGGAACUAUUUCAAGGGAAGGCCCAAUGGCUACGAGACCAUGGAAGAUGCUGUGUUUGUCGUCUCUCUCUUGAAGACCGCCGGGCAGAUCAAGGUGACGUCUGGUGGUAAUUCCGCCGUCACCUACCGAGCCCCUGCGGGUGCGUAUGCACAAAAGAUACCGAUGGGCGUUGGGAAACAAAGGUUCGAGCUCGUCCGUAAUGGACAGUCUGUUCUAAGCGGCACCUCCCCGAGAGAUAUUAGCAACACAUGCCCGUGUGGUAUCUACAAUUUCAAUGCAUUCGUCGGUCAGCUGCCUUUUAAGCCAUUUGGCUCAUUAGAUUCGCAAGGCCUAGCUUCUCUAACCGUUGGACUACAUGUGAGCACUUGCCAGCCGACUCCUACUCUGAUAGGUACUGCGCCUCCACCAAACGAUCCUCAGCCUACAUACCCUCCGGCUAUGUGGGAACCCCCGUCUAUUCCCCGGACGAUCUCGACUCAACCCAUCACUACAGCACCUCCUCCCUCUACCCCAACCAGCUGCAACCGCGACACGGUUGCUGACGAGGAGUCUCCAAACCUGACCGGCCUUUGCAACUUUUUAUGCUUCAAGGGCUGGUGCCCACCUGGACCCUGCAAAUGUAAUUCAUUCGGUACGCCUGGAUGGAGCGACUCAAACGAAGCCCCCGGGUUACCCGGCUCCAGGUCUCGAUAAAAGUUACAAGGGACUUUGCGCCUUUACUUGCGCCAGGGACUAUUGCCCUUUAGGUGCCUGCUCGCCAAACUGCGGCUAGCAGUAACGCGUGCUGUUUCAACUUGUUGGAAGCAGCAGCCAUACUCUUCUUGUUGUUUUCUUUGUCAGGACUUAUGAAUGUCUUUUCUUCUUCUUCAAGGCCCGGUUGCCCUCGACGCUCGCUUGGGAGACUAAUUAUACAUAGCUGUAGAGAGGACGUUUGCGCUCUCACACGUGCCGAAGCCACAUUUUUUUCGGGCUUUCUUUUCUUUGGAAUUUUAUUUUAUUUUGGCUAGGACCAAAGACAAAUACGUGUACUAUAUCAUACAGUAGGUAUGAAAUCGAUUUAAUGAUAAAAUCACCAAUUGCUCCAAAUUCAGUUGU